AUGAAAACAGUCUACUACUCUAUAACAGAGACACUGCAAAAUCUGCUGGCUCUUUGUCAGAUUGGGCAGAGGACCAUAAACACUGCUUCCCACAGGCAUUUUAAAAAUAAAUUUCCAGAGAAACAAAAGCUGUUCCAGGGGGAUGAUGGAAUCCCAGUUUAUCUAAAGAGUGGGGUAGCUGAUGUCCUCCUGUAUAGAGCCACCAUGAUUCUUUCAGUUGGUAGAACAGCAUGUGCCAUAUAUCAGCUGGCUAUGGCUUCAUUUCCCCAAGAAGCAGCAUUGACUUCAAUCAUUCCAGCAAUCACUUGGUUCAGUUUCAUUCAGCUCUCUAUGGCCCAAUAACCUGAUAAAUAACUGAGCUCUUCUUUGAGGAUUAAUAUUUAUUGACUUGUACUAAGUGUCACCAAUAAAGCAGUCUUUACCAUGAAAAAAAAA